UAGGAUACUGCAAAUUGAAUCUCAUCUACAGUAUCUACACCACCACUUGCUGAAAUCCUUUGUUUUCUUGGAUAGUCCCAACAAAGAAUUGGACACUAAAUCUCAUAAAAGACUCGAUCUUUCAUGGCGCCCAAUAUCUAAGAUCUUUCCUUCAAUUCUGGGUCUUCUGAAUUGAAUCAGAACAUUUUCCCAAGAGCUCGAUUGAAGGGUGUUCUUCAGAUCUUUACACAGAAGAGUGGAGAGAAAUGUUGCAUACAGAACCGUCAUUUGCGAUUUACAAUUCGGACGAGGGGCUCCCGGGAGAGAUUAGGAAUGGAGAUUCGGUUGCAGAAGCCAUGGGAGAAUUCAGCUUUGGCAAGGGAAUGGGUUUGAUUGAUGAAAAGGAUGGGGAAGGAGAGAAUGAGGAGAAAGAUGAAGGCUUGAAUGGGUUUAAGGAUUUGGGUUUGGGGAUUGAUGGUGAUGGAGAUGGAGAGAUUGAGAAUUACUGUAAGAUGAUGGUGGAAGAGAACCCUUCUAACCCUUUGUUUCUCAGGAAAUAUGCUCAGCUUUUGCAGGCAAAGGGUGAUCUAUCAGGAGCUGAGGAACACUACUUUCUUGCCACCCUAGCUGAUCCCAAAGACGGCGAAACAUUAAUGCAAUAUGCUAAAUUGGUGUGGGAGCUCUAUCAUGAUAAAGAUCGAGCCUAUAGUUACUUUAAGCGUGCAGCUCUUGCUGCUCCUCAAGAUAGCCAUGUUCUUGGAGCAUAUGCUAGUUUUCUAUGGGAGAUUGAUGAUGGUGAUGAUCAGUCCAACGAAGACCUACAGGGAGAUGAACAGUAUUUGGGCGCAAUUCUAGAUGACCACCGUAGUGAUGGAGAAAUCAUUUCAGAAUACGCAAAUUUCAUCUGGCAACUCCAUCAUGACAAAGAUAAAGCAUCAUCCUACUUCAAGAGAGCACUUCAAGCUUCCCCAGAAGAUAGCAAUGUGCUUGCAGCAUAUGCUAGUUUUCUAUGGCAAAUAGAGGAAGACAAUGAAGAUUCAUCAUCAGAAUGACAAAGGAAUGCCACUGAUCCAAGGCGAUGUAGCGAAUUAAACUGUUUUUCACAAUCAAUAUACAAUGUUGAAAAUGUAUGUUCUUGUAUAGCAGGUAAAACUGCAAUAAUCUGAAUGUAUGUUGUACCCUCUUUUAACCAUAAAGUUUCAGAACUUAAUGAUAUAUUAUCUAUUGGA